AUGAAGGUUAAGCCGGAGGAUGUCGGCAAGCAGGUUUGCGAGCAAGAAGAAGACGACGACGACGACGAAGACGUGUACGACGACUUUGACUUUACUAGUCAAAAGUGGGCAAUGAAGGUGAAGCUGGAGGAUAUCGGCAAACUGGUUUGCGAACGUAAGUUCCGCAUCCAACUAGGUCAUCCAUUUAAUGACCCCUUAGUUGACCUGAUACAUUAACUGCCAAGCAUUGCGCGUUCUGUUUACACUACACCCUACGAGUGCAGUUCAUGA